AUGCCGCAAUCAAAUCACUAUGGCUCCAAGCGUGCCCCCAAAGGCUCUGCUAAAACCCCCCUAGAAGUUUCGCUAAAUAAUGGUGGACAAUCAAAAAAGUCGAGUAAGACCAAUCCGUUUGACAGAAAACGGAGGGCAUCAUCGUCUUCCGUCUCAAGUGUAUCAUCCGUUUCAUCAUUGGAGGACCUGAGUGACGAAGCGGAUGCAUCGGAAGAUGAUGCGGAUGACGAAGAAGACAGACCAUUAGCUCAUGUCCUGGCUUGCAACCGUCGUCAAACCAAGUCCCGUAAGCCCGUGAAAAGCAAGAAAAGACGUUUUACCAAGAAUGAAGACUCCGAUGGGCAGUUUGGUAGCGAUGCCAGUGACUCGGAGGAGGGCUCAGACGAUGUAUAUGCCGCCGUGGACUACAUCACAGAUGAGGAUGAAGAACAAGAUCUCGAAAAGAUGGAAGAGAGGGUGAUCAUGGAGUCAGAACGUUCAUCUCGUAUCUUGCCGACGUCAGAAACUGUGGACUGGCAAAGUGCGGAGGUUUUCGGUGACUCCAUGUUUCUGCCUGCUGCUUCAUUCUUUGAUGACGAGCACCUCUACAGUGCCAUGGACCCUUUCGGAGAGACUGAUCUUGUCAGCGAGGCAGUGGAGACACCUGCGGCCCGACGUGUUCAUUUUGAGGAGCGCUCGGACUCAUCUUCCGAUAGCGAAUCCCAUACGGAUGAUGAGAUCCCUGGUGAUUUCCUGCAACAGGAUUCUUUAGAUCCUCAGUUGCGCCGCAUGAUUGAGAGCGACAAUGAUCACCACCGCAGUCAUCGCCGACAAUCUGAAGAGCUGUACGGUGAUGCUGACUAUGGUCAUUCGAAUAUUUACCAUGUCGAGUCCGACGGUUCAUCCGAGGGCAGUCUCAGUGGUUAUGAGUCCGAUGAUGGUGACACCACUGAUGAAGAUCUUCCACCACCUGCUACUAUAACCCACCCUCGCUCUCUCCUCCGUAGAGACUCUACCGACUCUCUUGCCCCGACUGAUGACAAGACCGAUGUCCCUCCGCGCCGUCGAGGCCCCAUCAUGGGCACAUUCAAGGCUGAUCCGAACAAACCCGUGGCCCUGGUCGAUGUCACUGGAAAGCAUCUCGUCAUCAUCCCAGCAUAUGCCUCUUCCCGACACGACUGGUUAGACUCUGCUGCCAAUAGCAUGCCUGGUACAGCCGCCAACAGUCCCCGCCAGACUACACUGCAGUUGGUUGAUGAAAGUGACACCGAUGCCCUUGCGUCACCAAAUCACGCCGAUUUCAGUCCCAUGCUCGCUUCAAGUGCCAAUCUGAUGAUGACCGCUCUGGGAAAUGACCUCACUCCAGGUGGCCAAGUCAUGGGCCCACCAGAAGCGUUUUAUCCAUCCCGCGAUUUUGCCAUUGACAGCUCAUAUGAAGACGAUGAUGAGGAUGAUCCGGAGGCUUCUCUCAAUGUAGAUGACUUUAUCGAUUUCGGCAAUGGCUCUUCCGACGAGGAUGAGGUAAACUCCAACGAUGAGGCCCUCUCCCCCAGGACUGGUGGAAAAACUCGCAAGAACAGUGGCACACCCACUCCUAGCCGCAACUCUGAGGCGCAACCGGAUAGCAAUGCAGAGCGCUUCCUGAACCACCUUGACAAGGGCAUAGUCACAGCUUUCCGCCGCAACAACAACCGUUACCAGGCGCUGCUCCGUCUUCCCCAGCACCGCGAGUUCAUGCCUGCCAACUCCCCCUCAAGACCUGCCAGCGUGUUCCGACACACCAAACAUGCUGACCAGCGUACACCCACUCGGAAGCGCAAGGCCAGUGCCUACCCUGGCGGUGAGGCUGUGCGACGCAAGCUGAUGGAUGCCCAACAUCGCAGUCAACUUCCCUUUUAA